AUUGUUCUUAUAUUGAAUCCUAAUUUUUCCAUUUUCAUUUGGUCUUUUUUGGAGUGUUCUCUCUCUCUCUCUCUCUCUCUCUCUCUCUGAGCGUUCUCUCUCUCUUUCCCUCUCUCUCUCUCUCACCUCAGUGCAUUUUCUCACCUUCCAUCACCCUCGGCAUUUCCUUUCACAAGAUAUUAGAAGAUGGCCGACACUGAGGAUAUUCAACCACUUGUUUGUGACAAUGGAACUGGAAUGGUUAAGGCUGGAUUUGCUGGAGAUGAUGCCCCACGUGCUGUCUUUCCCAGCAUUGUUGGUCGUCCUCGUCACACUGGUGUGAUGGUUGGCAUGGGUCAAAAAGAUGCAUAUGUUGGUGACGAGGCACAAUCUAAGAGGGGUAUUUUGACUCUCAAAUACCCUAUUGAACAUGGAAUUGUUAGCAACUGGGAUGACAUGGAAAAGAUUUGGCAUCACACCUUCUACAAUGAGCUUCGUGUUGCCCCAGAAGAGCACCCAGUUCUGCUAACUGAGGCUCCCCUCAACCCUAAGGCUAAUCGUGAGAAGAUGACCCAGAUCAUGUUUGAGACCUUCAAUACCCCUGCUAUGUAUGUAGCUAUCCAGGCCGUUCUUUCACUGUAUGCUAGUGGUCGUACCACCGGUAUUGUGUUGGAUUCUGGUGAUGGUGUCAGCCACACUGUCCCUAUUUACGAGGGUUAUGCUCUACCACAUGCCAUCCUUCGUCUUGAUCUGGCUGGUCGCGAUCUCACUGAUUUCCUGAUGAAGAUUUUGACUGAACGUGGUUACUCUUUUACCACCUCAGCAGAGCGUGAAAUUGUUCGUGAUGUGAAAGAAAAGUUGUCAUACAUUGCUCUUGACUAUGAACAAGAGCUGGAGACAGCUAGGACCAGCUCUUCCGUCGAGAAGAGCUACGAAUUGCCUGAUGGACAGGUGAUCACUAUUGGAGAUGAGCGUUUCAGGUGUCCAGAAGUCCUGUUCCAACCAUCCAUGAUAGGUAUGGAAGCAGCAGGAAUUCACGAGACCACAUACAACUCCAUCAUGAAGUGCGACGUUGAUAUCAGGAAAGACCUGUACGGUAACAUUGUCCUUUCAGGAGGAACCACUAUGUUCCCUGGCAUUGCUGAUAGAAUGAGCAAGGAAAUCUCUGCUUUAGCCCCAAGUAGCAUGAAGAUCAAGGUGGUCGCACCACCUGAGAGAAAAUACAGUGUCUGGAUUGGUGGUUCCAUCUUGGCAUCUCUUAGCACCUUCCAGCAGAUGUGGAUUGCAAAGGCAGAAUAUGAUGAAUCUGGUCCAUCUAUUGUGCACAGAAAGUGCUUCUAGACAACUGUUUUGAGAUAAAGCGUUUUUGUCAAAGGGAAAGACUAAGUGUUAUGAAUCCUCUGGAAGCAUUUCAACUUGUAACCCUUUAAAUUCAUUUUUAUUUGCUUUUGUUAUCUUUUUUGUUCAUGUUACUUACUAUUCAACAAUGUUGGAGUGAUUAUUUUGAGGAGUUGUUUUUUCAAAUGAUCCAAUUCUUUUCAUAAUAUUUGGAUGACUUUAUUUUUUUCA